AAAAAAAAAAAAACACGAAGCUGCUUUCAAGUAUUGAAGAUACAAGGCCAGGAUGAACACGAAGGACACAAAAGUGACUGAAGGAGGUCUCAAUGUCACACUUACCAUACGCCUUCUCAUGCAUGGCAAGGAGGUUGGAAGCAUUAUCGGAAAGAAAGGUGAGACAGUUAAGAAGAUGAGGGAGGAGAGUGGUGCUCGAAUCAAUAUUUCAGAAGGCUCCUGUCCAGAGAGAAUUGUGACAAUAACAGGCCCAACAGAUGCAAUUUUUAAAGCUUUUUCUAUGAUUGCACUAAAAUUUGAAGAGGACAUAAACGCUUCAAUGACAAACAGCACGGUGACAAGCAAACCGCCUGUAACGCUGCGGCUCGUCGUCCCGGCCAGUCAGUGUGGAUCCCUUAUAGGAAAAGGAGGUUCCAAAAUCAAAGAAAUCAGGGAGUCCACAGGAGCCCAGGUGCAGGUAGCGGGGGACAUGUUGCCAAACUCGACGGAGCGCGCAGUGACUAUAUCGGGCACCCCCGACGCCAUUAUCCAGUGCGUGAAGCAAAUAUGUGUGGUUAUGCUGGAGUCCCCACCCAAAGGUGCCACCAUCCCCUACCGUCCCAAACCUGCCUCUGCACCUAUCAUUUUUGCAGGUGGCCAGGUAAGAGCAGACACCAUUUUGGCUUCAGCUGGAAACCACACCGUCUUGGCCCAACCUCAGCCAGCGCCU